AUGGCUGAGGCACGCAGUGCUGCAGCUCUCUCCUUUGCCGUCACUCACGACGGCGUCUCCGUGAGCUACGACCAGGAGCUGCUCCGAGACAUUUGGCAUGGAAUCUCCAGGUCUUAUAAAAGACGUACUGGCCGAUUCAGGAACGAUUUCAUGAACGGAAUGUUCCCGGCGAACUCCUGGACCCUUGGAUUGGUCGUAGGAGCUGUGGCAGUGUUCUCGGUCAUCAAGCAUGACCUGAGUUUUGGAAUAUUUCCGUUUAUCCAGAAUUAUAUUGUGCAUUAUGUCUUUGGAGACGGCUACCUGGGCCAAAGCAUCUCUAUCGCCGUCGCUGGCGCUCUCCUCUGGCUCAUCUUCGUUCAACUUCUCCGUCUCUCGAUCAAGACCCUUCUGGAAUACAAGGGUUGGAUGUACGAGUCGCCUGGAAAACCAGUGUCAAAAGCCACGAAACUCUGGUUGGGCGUGCUUCAUAUCAUCUCCAAAGCCGGACCAAUGCUUCACUCGUUUCAAGGAGCCCUGCCACGUCUUCCACUGCCGAAAUUGGAUGACACUGUUAGAAAGCACCUCCUCUCCAUGAAGCCGAUCCUCAACGACGAAGAGUACCAAGAGCUGGAAUUCCUCUCGGAACGCUUCCGAAAGGGAGUCGGACGACGUCUCCAACGCUAUCUUACCCUGAAGUCGUGGUUCUCCUCGAACUACGUCACCGAUUGGUGGGAGGAGUUCGUCUACAUGCGUCAGCGAUCGCCAAUUAUGAUCAAUUCCAACUACUACGGAUUCGACACCCUCAACGAGCAUCCAACAACGAAUCAGGCGUCGAGAGCUGCCAAUCUGACGUACACCUCUCUUCAAUUCCGGAGAAUGGUUGAUCGUCAAGAGGUCUCGCCGUUUUCCAUCUCUCCAAGGACUAAGGUUCCAUUCUGUACGAUGCAAUACGAGCGGCUAUUCAAUACGUGUCGGGUGCCUGGAGAAAAAGUGGAUCGUCUUCUUCAUUGGGAUGAUGCCAAGCACGUGGCUGUCUACUGUAGAGGUGUCUGGUUCAAACUCAUCGUUCACAAUGGAAAACGUCUUCUGGAGGCUUGUGAACUCCAACAUCAAUAUGAUACGAUUCUAGCGCAUUCCUAUGAGCCAUCAGAAGGAGAAAUGCAUUUGGCUUCGUUGACAGCUGGAGAGCGUGCGGAUUGGGCCAAGACUCGCAGGGCACACUUUAGAAGUGGAGUUAACAAGACGUCUCUUAACGAUAUUGAGCGAGCCGCCUUCGUGGUGAUUCUGGACGACGAGGAGACCCAUUACGACCCGGAAGAUCCAUCAAAGUUGGACCACUGGGCGCAUAACUUGCUCCAUGGAAAGGCUCACGAUCGUUGGUUUGAUAAGUCAUUCAACCUGAUUAUUUCAAAGAAUGGACAUGUUGGAAUCAAUACGGAACACUCUUGGGGCGACGCUGCGGUGAUGGCACACUUUACGGAAUGGUCCUUGCUUCAGGAUAUUGUAUUCAUUGGAUAUGACGCUGAUGGACGGUGCAAAGGAGAGGCCAAGGAGAAACUGACCCCGGAAAGACUCAAAUGGGACAUUCCCAGCCCUGCUCUAGAACAGAUUCGAAAAUCGAUGGAGGUGGCGAACGCGUUGAUUGCUGAUGUUGAGAUGUCGCUGUUGGUUUGGACGGAUUACGGUAAAGGAUUUGCCAAGAAGUUGAAGGUGUCGCCGGAUGCGUUCCUUCAGAUGACGUUGCAGUAUACUUAUUUUAAGAACCAAAACAAAUUCUCGCUAACCUACGAAGCCUCGAUGACCCGCCUCUUCCGUGAAGGACGUACUGAAACCGUUCGCUCCUGCACCGUCCAAUCCUCCGACUUCGUUCGCUCCAUGCUCGACGCCUCCAAGACCCCCCAGGAACGUCUUCAACUCCUCCGCAAAGCCUGUGACAAGCAUCAAGAGCUCUAUCGUGACGCCAUGUGUGGCCAGGGAGUCGAUCGUCACCUCUUCGCUCUGUACGUCAUCAAGAGAUACCUCGAGGAGGAGUCUCCAUUCUUCGACAACAUUUUCCCGCCGACCUAUCUGCUCUCGACGUCCCAAACCCCGAUGAAUCAGUGUGAAGCCGAUGCCAAGGGGCUUUCAAAUGACGUUCGUUUGAGAUUGAUCACCGCUGGAGGUGGAUUCGGACCUGUAGCCGAUAGAGGAUACGGUGUGUCGUAUAUUGUCGCUGGUGAAAACACGCUGUCGUUCCAUAUCUCCAGUAAGCGAUCAGCGGAUAACACGGUAAGUAGCUCCCGCGAGUUCCGUGAAGAGCUGAAACGCUCGCUUUCCGACAUGAAGAAGUUGGCCGAAGCGCUGGAAGCACCACCGAAGAAGAUCCAAUAG